UAUAAAAAAGUUUUGGUUCCUUAAAGUACCAGGGCACUGAAUAGUCUACUGUGUUAUCACCAUUUACAAAUUUCCAGUGAUGUACUUCAUAUGCUUAGAGUAUCCUGAUCGUUAAUUCACUGGUGAUGUGUGUAUGCUCACAAUUAAAAGCACACGUCUAUAUAAGGUUAUCAAAUUAGAUUUCUAUAUUGUCGAAUUGAUAUCGAAAAUGAGUCGCAGGGGUAACUUGCAUGAUCCCAGUGGCGGUCAGGUUUUUUUUCCUGAAGAGAUUGUACGUCCUGAUGAUUUGGGAGUGGAAGAGAAGCCUGAUUGUCCUCCUUGUCCAGAAACUAAGGUGAUUGUGGUUGAGAAGAUCGUUCCAGGACCUGAACGAGUGGUGGAGAAGAUUGUGCCUGGACCUGAACGAUUGGUGGAGAAGAUUGUGCCUGGACCUGAACGAAUUGUGGAGAAAAUCGUUCCAGGACCUGAGCGAAUUGUGGAGAAGUUUGUGCCUGGACCUGAACGAAUUGUGGAGAAGAUCGUUCCAGGACCUGAACGAAUUGUGGAGAAGCUUGUUCCUGGACCGGAACGAGUUGUAGAGAAGAUCGUUCCAGGGCCUGAACGAGUGGUGGAGAAGAUCGUGCCAGGACCUACAUAUCCUACGUCUACAUCAUCAAGUCAUGGUGGAAAUAUGUCUUGGGAGCAGUAUCUUACAUCUGGAGUUGCAAUUAAUUGGAAUAAUGCUGAUGUCAGAUAUCAUGCUAAUCGACUUGGUAUCAAUAUACCAGGAGGACCGUCUCCCUAUGGUGGUGGUGGUGGUGGUGGACGGUGGUGUUUGAAUUCAUGCGGACAGUGGGUAUGGAUGCCGUAG